AUGCUUGCAACGAACAAACCGGUAGCUGAUGUCGACUCCGGCCGCAAACUUGGGAGACUUCCUUCGAGUAUUGAUGGCAGUGCAGGCUGUGCUCCUGACAUUCUGCGCUCGGUGUUUCGUCUUGAGGAGCUCGAUGUCGAGAUCAUCAACAUGUACGCGCCGGUGCAGGAGGACGAUCAUCGCGACUUUUUCGGGCUUCUGUACUUCAACGCCCCGAGACCCAAGAUUCUUCGGAUCUUGGCCGGCGAUCUCAACGAUUGUCCGGAUGUAUCGGUCGACCGAGUGUCCAUCACCGAUCACGCUUGGACUCCUGUAUCGCACUGGCAGACCUUGCUGUCAAAGAUCGCGUUCAAGGCACUCGACACGGUCCGACAUGUCCAUCCUUGCACCCCUGCAUUCACUCGUCCUCACUACCGUGGUAGAGGGGAAGAGCGAAAGAUUUGCUCGUGGUCGCGGAUCGACUAUAUUCUUGUCCAAUGCAGUUGGGCGAACCGGUUGUUGAGCGCUUCUACGCUCUUCGAUGCGCCCUGUUCGGACCACAGACCUGUAGUUGCCACUUUUGCUUUGCCUACAUCGAACGCUGAUGCCGAACCCCCCCUUUCUCUUCCCUCCACGAGCGAUUUCAUUUCGAGGCUCAACCCAAUGGUCUUUGACAAUCAAGACUUUGUCGCAUCGAUUCCCGGGGUCGUCGACGAGGUCUAUCGAAGGCUCGAGGGGACCGCUCCGCUCGGCGACGUCUAUGACACCGCUCUGCGGGCGGUUGCAGUCGCUGGCCAUGCACGAUACCGCUCGACUCGUGCCGACAUGCGCCAACUGCGGGCCGAGAGCCAAUCCGUCAUGGAGGCUUUGGAGGCACGCGGUGAGCACAUGAAUGAGGCCGAGCGCGAUGCGUAUGCUCUUGCCAAGUCGCGGUUGGACCAGUUGGCGGUAAAGGAGGCUGUCAGGAUGACAGCGUGUACUCGAAGGAAGCCCCCCAAGGCUAUGUGCAGGUAG